GAGGCCCAAUCUCCUUGAAAGGCAUUUGAAGUAACAACAUCCUACUCUGGUUUUGAAGACGAAAGAGUUUUUUUCUUCUAAAGCAGAAUCACUCAAACGGAUGAGACUGGAUAAAUCGGCAAGCUAUCACACAGAUGUAUCGCAGCAUCUCAAAGCUUCAUUUGAAAUAGCUUUUAUGAUAGCAAAGCGAAAGAAACCUCAUACUGUCGGUGAAGGAUUAAUAAAACCAUGCGUCCUAAAAGCCACUUGCGAUGAAUCCACCGACAUCAUUCAAGAAGAGAUUUUUUGCUCCCAAUCUGUGACAGCAGAAAAAACUGAUUUGGAUUGGAAGAAACUCAUUGCACUUUGCACAGAUGCAAUGAUAGAUAUACGAUCGGUCUUAGCUAAAAGGCUCAAGGAUAAAAAUCCCGCAAUGUACACAUUGUGUUAUUCAUCGGCAAGCUUUGGCAUCCAAAACAUUGCCACAGAAAUUACGCCAUUCUUUGGACUCGGCUAUAAGGAUUGUAAACUCAUCAAGAGCAGCGCUUUGAACUGUCUGUUAUUUACUUUACUUUGCGAAGAUCUCGAUUCCGAUCACAAAGUUCUUCUGUUCCAUACAGAAGUACGCUGA